UUCAGUAUGGAUGAUCCAUUAGAAGAACAGUUUACUUCGGCCUAUACAUUUCUUAAUAAUCAUCCCGAAAUUAAUUUAUCUAAUGAGAUUAAACUUAAACUUUAUGGUUAUUAUAAAGUUGUAACAACAGGUAAAGUUGAUACAGCAAAACCAUCUUUAUGGGAAAUUAGAGCAAGAGCUAAAUGGGAUGCAUGGAAAGAAAUUGAAAAUACUCCAACUGAAGAAGCCAUGCAAAUGUAUGUUGAAAUUGUUGAAAAAGCAAAUGUUGGUUGGAAUAGAGAUCAAUUGGAUGAUAUUGCUAUUGAAGAUGAAACUAAAGAAAAGAAUAAAGAGAAUACACAACAAGAAAGAAUGAAAUAUGUUUCUACAAUGUCUUAUGAAGAAGAAGAGGAUGAUGAUGAUGAAAAUGAUAUUUUUUCAUGUACAAAGAAAGGUGACACUGCAGCAGUGAAUAAAAUUUUGGAUUCAGGUGAAAUAGAUGUAAAUGCAAAAGAUGAUCAAGGAUUAACGCUUUUACAUUGGGCAAGUGAUCGUGGUUAUUUGGAAAUUGUAAAAUUAUUGAUUGAAAAAGGAGCAGAUGUAAAUAUAUUGUCUGACGAAGAAAAAGAAACACCUCUACAUUAUAGUUGUAUUUCAGAACAUUUAGAUUGUGCAAGAUAUUUAUAUCAUCAUGGAGCUAAUUCACUUAUUAAGAAUUCUGAAGAUUUAAUUGCAUUUGAUUAUUGUGAUGCUCAAUUUAAAGAGGAAGUUAUCAAAGAAUAAAUAUUCUUUUAAUAUUGCAUGUUCUAUUUGACCAGCUUGAUAAGUAUGUUGUAUCAUGAAUAUAUGUCUAUGGUUUCAUCAAUGUUUUUGACAUGGCAA